UCUGGUGGCCAAGGUACCGAUGAAUUAGUUUCUGUAAAGUGGCGCUGUUGUUAACGUCGGCGCGAUAGCUCUGAGGCUAUCUUACCGAUAGUCGGUGCAAUAGACACAGCCAAAUGUAAAUACACUUUGACAAACAAUUCAUUUCUUCUCUUUUUUUUCAUUAUUUUUAAUAAGGUUAUUCGUGAUUUGUAUUUCCCCCUUUCCGAGUGCAAAAGAAAUAGGAUUAUAAAGAAAAAAUGCCUACACUGAAUGAAUAUAUUUAAAUAUCUUGUUCCUAGGAACUGAAGCUUCCUACGUAAUUCAAAUUGUAACUUUAAAUAUAAACAGAUGUACCGAAGAGGUUUGUUUGAAAGUAUAUCAAAAUUUUAUAUUUGAUAAUUCUCUCCUUUUCAGUUAAGUAUGGAUUUCGAGUCAAACCAAAAAAAUAUUUUAGAGCUUUUUGAAUCGAAGCCGUGUGUUACAAUGUGUGCUCCUAUGGUCCGAUAUUCAAAGU